AUGGACUGUAAGUGCGGGUGUUUGUUAAGGAUGGCACCGGUAGCGGACACAUGCGUGUACGCAGAGGGUCUAGAGCUCACCAACACCGAGUGGCGCAACAUGCUCGGGUGCCUGAUGAUACCCAACAGGGGUUUUCGGGCGCCAUUUCUUCAUCGCCUCACACCCGCAGAUCUGCAGGAAAGUUGGAAACUGCCAUCCACAAUAAAAUUUCCUGCUCCGAGUUCAGGGAAGGUUACUUUGGAGACACAACACAAGAAUGGGUAUGCAGACAUGCAAGCUGACUACCACAUUGACUCUGAAGAUUGCAUAAACAUAACUACUGGCUGGAAUCAUUUUGUCUCCCAGAAUGGCUUUGAGGCUGGAGAAGUGGCCAUGGUGUUUUUCUACAAAGAAGAAGACUCCCUCAAGUUUACAAUAUUUGCACUAGGCGCAUCCGUUUUCUUCCUCCUGCCGCCGCCCGAACCCACCGCCAUCCCGAUCCCACCUCCAACUAGCGCGCCGCCCCGAUCCCACUUCCACCCAGUGCGCCGCCGCCCGGAUCCCACCGCCACCCUGCGCGCUGCUGGCCCUAUCCCCUCCUCCCAGAGCGCCUCCGCCACGGUCCCCCUCCUCCCAGCGUGCCUCCCGUCGCCGACCCCCGCCCCCAACUUUCCUCCUGCCGACGACCCGCCUCCAUCCACCGGCCUGCUUCCCUCGCCGUCCGCCGCGCGCCUCCCUCCCUGUCUAUCUCUCGUGCGCCGCCUCACCCGAGGACCUGCGCACCAGUGCACCGCCACCCCUACCCCGCCGUUGUCGGCCUCCGAGAUCCAAGGCUGA